AUGGCUCCGACCACCUCACGGGCCAAGAGCAACAAGAACAAAUCUUCAUCAACAUCUAUUAGACAGCUAGAACAAGCUGCAACUCGAUUGAAUUCAUCCUCAGCCAGCACAACAGCCGUCACUACGACGAUCUACAAGACGUCCACAGCAGCGCCAGUAUCCAACAUCAUUAGAGCACCAAAGCUCAAUUUGCCUGUAUAUAGCUACGCAAUAUGGCUCGAAGAAAACCAACUUAAGAGGAUGGCGCCUUGGAUCGCUGUUGCUAUCGCGGCCUUGGUACGUUGGAUCGUUGGUCUCGGACCGUAUUCUGGUAUGGCAAUACCUCCAAGGUAUGGAGACUAUGAAGCUCAACGACAUUGGAUGGAGCUGACAAUACAUCGUCCGAUUAGAGAAUGGUAUUCUGAUGGAUCUAAAUGGUGGGAUUUGGACUAUCCGCCUUUGACCGCCUAUGUCUCAUGGAUCUGUGGAUUUAUUGGAAAUAAGAUCAAUGCUGAGUGGUUUGCAUGGGAAACAUCCCGAGGAUUUGAAUCUAGGGAUGCAAAGCUCUAUAUGCGCGCUACAGUCUUGGUCUUGGAAAUGCUAGUUUAUAUGUCGGCUAUAGUCGCUUUCACGAACCGCUGGUUUGCAAAUAAGCCCUGGACACGUCAACACACGGCGUUAAUGCUGAUUUUACUGCAACCAGGAUUGAUCUUGAUCGAUAGUGGCCAUUUCCAGUACAAUGCAGUUAUGUUGGGUUUAGUGGUGUGGGCUCUCAAUUGCUUCCUGGUAGACCAGGAUGUACUUGGAAGUAUCUCAUUUUGUCUAGCCUUGGCGUUUAAACAGAUGGGGCUAUACUUUGCCCCCGCAGUGUUUGCCUAUUUGCUUGGCAAAUCUCUCCGACAGGGCUUUUUUGGAUGUAUCUGGAAGUUGACCAAGUUGGGACUGACAGUGAUUCUUACACUAGUGCUGAUGUUUUCACCAUGGCUGCAGUCACAGGAGAAGAUUCUUCAAGUUCUCCACCGCAUCUUCCCAGUGUUCAGGGGACUCUAUCAGGAUAAAGUUGCCAAUAUCUGGUGUGCAGUGAAUGUGGUGAUCAAGUUGCGGGAAAUGUUUGAUAUCCAGGAAUUAGUUCGUAUUAGUACAUUAGCGACCCUCUUAUCGUUCUUGCCCUCUGUCCUCCACCUGAUUGCCAGACCGACAAAACGUGGACUGAUCUAUGGGUUAAUUAAUUCGUCGUUGUCGUUUUUCUUGCUUUCUUUCCAAGUUCAUGAGAAAUCAAUUCUCAUCCCAGCAUUGCCCAUAACGCUCCUGAUUUUGGACGAGCCUGCUGUUGCUUCAUUGUUCAUAACCUUGGCGACAUUCAGCAUGUUCCCGUUAUUGAAACACGAGGGCUUAUUUCUACAGUAUGCCGUGCUUCUUGGAUUCUGGGUCUGGUUAACUCGUGCUACUGCUCAUAAUACUUCUAAAUUCCUCCAACUGCUGAUAUUGCUGAAUCUGCUGGUGAUUACAACGAUGCAUACAGCAGAGUUCAUGCUCGAGCCUUCUGCUCGAUAUCCAGAUAUCUUCCCGGUCCUCAAUUCACUUUGGAGUGCAGCUGGAUUUGUCCUCUUCUGGAUUUACUUUAACUAUCGUCAGUUUACGCUUGUCAAUACUCCCAAAAUGGGAUUUCGUGUUACGAAAACAGCGAAAUUGGCGUAA